GGUCAAGUAGAGUGGGGGAGAAGUGGAUGGAGAUAACAACAGAGGAUAAAUGUUAACUACUGGUAUCACUGUGAGAAUAAAUGACCAAGUGGAUGAGCCAGAGUGAAAUGGAGCCUGACACAGUCUUAAGCUAGCUGCAAGUGACCAGAUCUGAGCAGUAAGUGACCACAGCUGAGCAGGGAGUGACCACAGCUGAGCAGGGAGUGACCACAAUUGAGCAGGGAGUGACCACAGCUGAACAGGGAGUGAUCACAGCUGAGCAGGGAGUGACCACAACUGAGCAGGGAGUGACCACAGCUGAGCAGGGAGUGACCACAACUGAGCAGGGAGUGACCACAGCUGAGCAGGGAGUGACCAUAGCUGAGCAUGGAGUGACCACAACUGAGUAGGGAGUGACCACAGCUGAGCAGGGAGUGACCAUAGUUGAGCAGUGAGUUGGCCACAUCUGGAAUCUCAUACUGGACCAUCAGAAAGGGAUGGUCAACACGUACAACUAGAGAGAACUGACCAUUGGUCACUGAUGGGAUCAAAACUCCCAGAAUAACUUACUAGAUAACCGGCAAUUUACCAGUAAAUAUAUUAUCUUCUUACAUUCACCUUUGAAAUCCUAUGCUGUACCCAAUGAAGACUAUAAACUGGCCUCAAUAAAACUCUAGUGUAUGAAUUACAGUGAGAGAUUAGAGAUAUCAGCAAUGUGAAAACGUCACCUUCUACAACUCUGACUCAAUUUGUGGAAACCUGUUGAAAACUGCCUUCUGACUGGGAAUUGGAAACCCCAUCUACUGAUGCUGAUUAGAGACUACUGGCUACAAUAGAAGCUCUUAUUAUCUGAGUGAAACCAACUAACACAUGUAUUAGUGUAAACUGAAACCAGUGGAAGAAGACUAAUUAUAGUCAUAGAUAGGCCCAUGUGAGACUCUGAAUUGAGUCAGCUACUGUAUAAAGUGUCAGGGACGACACUGCAGUUAAACUUCCAUCUGCAUGCAUUGAGUGAUCUAGAGUGGUCUUCAAGGAUCGUUUCCCAGUGACUUAACAUGAAAUAUAUUGGUAUUUGAUUACUUUUCUCAGCAAAGAACCAGACCUAAUGAAAAUACAUUUUUCAUGUUUCAUCUUUUCUCAACGAGGGAGUGAAGACUAUUUUGCUUUGUAUUGAGGAAAAACUCUUGUCGGCAAGGGUGACAGUAUUUGUCUCAGUAAUUUACUCAGAGAGAGUAUAGGAGAAGCUGCUAGAAAAUCAGUUCAGGAAUCAUCACAAAGAAGUUGAGCAAGCAAGAUGUCUAUAAAUUACAAUGAUAUAGUCAGGCAGGGUUAUGUGAAGAUGAAGAGCAAACAUCUUGGGCGAUGGAUCAAGCGCUGGGUGCGACUUCACAGGAUGUCGAGCAAAGGUCACAAUCAUUUAGAGAAAUAUCUCAACGAGGAUGCAGCAAAAAGUGGCGCACAGCACAAGAUUAUUGACCUUAAAGAUGUCAAGGCAGUAGAGAGGUUGCCACAGGAAGUGAAGAAGCACGGAGUCGAAAUCAAGUUUAACGAUGAAAGUUCCCGCCUCUUCUGUUGUGGAUCAGACCUGGAGGCGACUGAAUGGAUCAAGGCUCUGGAACAGUUAUGUCUGGGUGGGGUACCCAAUAUAAGCCUGGGAGAACCAGAUAUUUUGGAGGCAGGCAUGCACAGAGAAAUGAGCGAGAGAUUCCACGUGUACUUGCUGCCUGCUGCCAACCUUGACAUUUGUGGAGAGUGUCUGCUGCAGGUCACACUGGAGAAGAUAAUAUUAUGGGAUGUAGAGAAUCCAAGAAAAAAGCUCGUAGAAUGGCCUGUCAGUGCCCUGAGGAGAUAUGGAGGAGACUCGUCUAAGUUUACCUUUGAGGCUGGAAGGCACUGUAAGACGGGGGAAGGGGUGUAUGUGGUGAACACGGUUUCGGGGGAGGAGAUUUACACCAGAGUGAACGAGGUCGCUAGGGCUAUCGCACUGUCAGCAAGGCAUAGGCACACGGCACCACUACUUCCUCUGGACCGAGAGCCAGUGGUUCAUGAUGCUCGUUUUGGUAUGCCAAGAUCUCACUCUCUGCCCCCACCCCCACACCCCUCAGACCACAACCCUACAGGACUUUCUGGCUACAUACACCCUCCAGGUCCUUCAAACACACUGCCAGCACAAGAUAGGCGGCAGCACAGUCCAGCUGACAUGGUGUCUCCUCUUGGACGUCCUUAUCUUUGCAUGAGACCAUUGCCGAAGACUCCGGGAGACUUGACAAAAACUCCAGAAGAAGAUGAAAACAUUGGUGCAGCAGCAGCAUCAGUAAUGGCCCCUCCACCCCUUCCAGAAUAUAUGAACAUACAGCGUACCCCAGUCUCUGAUGACGAUGAUGAUGACUAUGUGCCCUAUGAACAGAGGGGACUUAAUCCUGAUUUUAGACACUUCCUUUCCCAGAGACAGAGCUAUGUGAAUGAUAAUCAAAAUGGCCACCAAAUCAAAGAGGACAUACAAGAGGAACAGUUAUGAUUGGUGGAAAGUUGAAUUAUAAUGGCAGCCAAAUAAAAGAGGACAUGCAGGAGGAACAAUUAUGACUGGUGGAUAGUUGAAUUAAAAUGGUGGCCAAAUAUAAGCGGAACAGAGAGUUGAAAAGUAUAACUAAAAAACAUAAAGAGUAUUUGACCUCUCUAUGCCAAUUAUAGAUUUUCCUGGAAUUUCAGUUUUUUCCUUUCAUCACUUAGGAACACAGUAUAUAAAACUGUUGACAAAAUGAUGCUCUCUACACCAGAUUUGAGUUCCAUGUUGACUUAUUUUUGGGUCACUGAUUGCUCAUGGAGCUAAUUAUAGUUGAAAGAUAGAAAAGCUGAGGGGUAUUUUACACUCCUUUAGAAAAAAGGACUUAGUUGACUAAGAAUUCUAGCAGGAAGUUGCUUCUUGGAUUGAGGCUUGUAACCCAAAAGAAUUCUGGGGUCUGUUGUGCUGUAUUGAUAAAUCACUUUUAGAAAGGUGUCUUCCUGAAUUCUUACCAUAAAUAUCUUGUGAUUUUAUUAACAGUUUAGAAUGUGCCCCUGGAUCAGUUUCACAAGAGACCUUUAGAGCAAAUGUUGGUCUCCACAUAAAAAACAAUGUAUUAGAUGCAGG